AUGAUUGAAGGAAUCUCCUUUGCGUCGUUUGUGACACACGAAAAACCCAAGUUUGUGCGCGCCCUGGACUUCUACAAGGCCCUGGGCUUCCUCCCCACCAAGGAGUACAAGCACGGAACAGACCACCAUGCCACCGACGAAGAAGGCGCGGGCUCGAUCCAGGAGGUCUGGCUCACGUCGUCGCGAGCCGGUGUGCCGUCUGUGACCGUCAAAUUGCGACUCUCCCGCCACGGAAACGAACACGUGUCUCUCCCCAACCUCAAACACGACUGGCGGUCGCUGGUGCCCUCGCUGGUGUACUACGCCCCCGACCUGGACGCGGUGCGAGCCGCAAUCACCCCGUUCUUACACGAGGACCACUCCACGCUUCUGGAACGCCCUUCCCACACAAACUUCAUCGAGCUGUACGCCAUUGACCCCAUGGGAAACCUCGUGGGCUUUUCCCGACGAGAAAACCCUUACUCGUCAGCGAUGCAGAAACCCUUCUCUGCUGACGACAUUGGCCCGCAGAACUUCUCAAAGCCCAAUGAAACCAAAAUCAAGGGCAAGAAGCGUAUCGGUGUCAUGACCUCCGGAGGAGACGCCCCCGGCAUGUGUGCGGCCGUGCGAGCUGUGGUCCGAGCCGGAAUUGCCCGCGGCUGCGAGGUCUACGCUGUCCGAGAGGGCUAUGAGGGUCUUGUCAAGGGUGGCGACCUCAUUGAGCCCCUGUCAUGGGAAGACGUACGGGGCUGGCUCUCCCUGGGAGGAACCCUUAUUGGAACUGCUCGAUGCAAGGAGUUCCGAGAACGAGAGGGCCGACUGGCAGGAGCCCUCAACAUGGUCAAGAACGGCAUUGACGCGCUCAUUGUCAUUGGCGGAGACGGCUCGUUGACCGGAGCCGAUCUGUUCCGAGAAGAAUGGCCGUCUCUAAUCGAGGAGCUAGUCACCAAUGGCUCCAUCACCGCCGAGCAGGCCGAACGACACCGACACCUCGACAUUUGCGGUAUGGUAGGCUCCAUCGACAACGACAUGGCUACCACCGACGUCACCAUUGGUGCUUACUCAUCGCUCGACCGAAUCUGCGAGCUGGUAGACUUCAUCGAUGCCACCGCCCAGUCGCACUCGCGAGCCUUUGUCGUCGAGGUUAUGGGUCGGCACUGUGGCUGGCUGGCUCUCAUGGCCGGCACUGCUACCGGCGCCGACUACAUUUUUAUCCCCGAGGCUGCUCCCGAUGCUACUCAGUGGGCCGAGAAGAUGACCCGUGUCGUCAAGAGACACCGAAGCCAGGGCAAGCGAAAGACCGUGGUCAUUGUCGCCGAGGGCGCAAUCGACUCGGACCUCAACCCCAUCACUGCCAAGAUGGUCAAGGAUGUGCUAGACGGCAUUGGACUCGAUACUCGAAUCUCCACCCUGGGUCACGUACAGCGAGGAGGUCCCCCAGUUGCCGCUGAUAGAGUUCUGGCUUCACUGCAGGGUGUGGAGGCUAUCGACGCCAUCCUGUCUCUCACCCCAGAGACGCCCAGUCCCAUGAUUGCUCUCAACGAGAACAAAAUCACCCGCAAGCCGCUCGUGGAGUCUGUAGCUCUCACCAAGAAGGUUGCCGAUGCCAUUGGCAACAAGGACUUUGCCGAGGCCAUGCGGCUUCGAAACCCCGAGUUUGUGGAGCAAUUGCAGGGUUUCCUGCUCACAAACUCUGCUGACAAGGACCGGCCCCAGGAGCCUGCCAAGGAUCCCCUGCGAGUCGCCAUUGUGUGCACUGGCGCUCCUGCUGGCGGAAUGAACGCUGCCAUCCGAUCUGCUGUUCUGUACGGUCUUGCUCGAGGCCACCAAAUGUUUGCCAUCCACAAUGGAUGGUCCGGCCUCGUCAAGAAUGGUGACGACGCGGUGCGGGAGCUGACUUGGCUCGAGGUCGAGCCCCUGUGUCAGAAGGGUGGCUGUGAGAUUGGUACUAACCGAUCUCUGCCCGAAUGUGAUCUUGGAAUGAUUGCAUACCACUUUCAGCGACAACGGUUUGACGGUCUAAUCGUCAUUGGUGGUUUUGAGGCUUUCCGAGCGCUGAAUCAGCUCGACGAUGCCCGUCACGCCUACCCUGCUCUUCGAAUCCCCAUGGUUGGUAUUCCUGCCACCAUUUCGAACAACGUGCCUGGAACGGACUAUUCUCUUGGAGCCGACACUUGUCUCAACUCUCUGGUUCAGUACUGCGACGUGCUCAAGACGUCUGCUUCUGCCACUCGUCUGCGUCUGUUUGUGGUCGAGGUGCAGGGUGGAAACUCUGGUUACAUCGCCACCGUGGCUGGUUUGAUCACCGGCGCCUAUGUGGUGUACACACCCGAGAGCGGUAUCAACCUGCGACUUCUUCAGCACGACAUUUCCUACCUUAAGGAUACUUUUGCUCAUCAGGCGGACGUGAACCGAACCGGAAAGCUGCUUCUGCGAAACGAGCGGUCAUCCAACGUGUUCACCACUGAUGUCAUCACCGGCAUCAUCAACGAGGAGGCCAAGGGUUCAUUUGACGCGCGAACCGCCAUCCCUGGCCAUGUGCAGCAGGGAGGACACCCCUCUCCUACCGAUCGAGUGCGUGCUCAGCGAUUUGCCAUCAAGGCCGUGCAGUUUAUUGAAGAGCACCACGGCUCCAAAAACAAUGCCGAUCACUGUGUGAUUCUCGGUGUGCGGGGCUCCAAGUUCAAGUACACCUCUGUGUCGCAUCUGUACGCCCAUAAGACUGAGCACGGGGCUCGACGGCCCAAGCAUUCCUACUGGCACGCGAUUGGCGACAUUGCCAACAUGCUGGUGGGUCGAAAGGCGCCUCCUCUGCCCGAGACUCUCAACGACGAGAUUGAGAAGAACAUUGCGAAGGAGCAGGGUAUUAUUGAUCCUUGUUAG